AAUUAGUAUGUAGGUUACUACGAAGUACUAACAUCCAUGUUGCUGUCAGAUUUAUCUUUCUUUUCUGUCAUACACAUUGCUGUCAUCAGUUGAGUGGUGGAUUAUUAAUUGAUUUGAUCGCAAUUUAUGAAAUUUAUAAAAUAAUAUUCCUGUGUGAUAGAAAUCCGUGUAAUGGAUGAUACAGUGAAGAGAAAAACCAUUUAAUACUAUCGCUGCAAUACAAGUUGUUAAAAUUAAUUGUUCAAAGAUUUGUGUGGUACCGACAUUUCCAUAUAAAAUGUCGGGCGAUCACAAAACAUUGAUAAAAGGCAGUCCGUCCCAGUAUGUAAAAUUAAACGUGGGUGGGACAUUGUUUUACACAACAAUUGGUACUUUAACGAAAAGUGAUAAUAUGUUACGAACCAUGUUCAGUGGAAGAAUGGAAGUACUCACCGAUUCUGAAGGCUGGAUAUUAAUUGAUCGUUGUGGCAAACAUUUUGGCACAAUUUUAAACUACCUACGGGAUGGGACUGUUGCCCUGCCUGAUAGCUACCGUGAGAUAAUGGAACUUCUGGCAGAGGCCAAGUAUUUUUUGAUAGAGGAGUUGACAGACUCCUGUCAACAAGCCCUGGCUAAAAAGGAACGGGAAGCUGAGCCUAUUUGUAGAGUGCCUCUGAUAACUUCUCAAAAAGAAGAGCAAUUACUAAUAAUGUCCACAUCUAAGCCUGUGGUGAAACUUCUCAUAAACAGACAUAAUAACAAAUAUUCAUAUACAAGCACAUCUGAUGACAAUUUACUUAAGAAUAUAGAACUAUUUGAUAAACUAUCACUCAGAUUUAGUGGUAGAGUACUCUUCAUAAAGGAUGUUAUUGGUUCUAAUGAAAUCUGUUGCUGGUCGUUCUUUGGACAUGGGAAGAAAUGUGCUGAAGUAUGCUGCACAUCUAUUGUAUAUGCUACUGAUAAAAAACACACCAAAGUUGAAUUCCCAGAAGCUAGAAUUUAUGAAGAAACAUUGGGAAUCUUGUUAUAUGAGAGUAGAAAUGGUCCCGAUCAAGACUUGAUUCAAGCAACAUCAUCACGCGGAGCUGUUGGUGGUUUGUCCUGCACUAGUGAUGAGGAAGAGGAGCGAUCAGGUCUUGCACGACUUCGUUCGAAUAAACAGAAUAAUCAAUCUUAGCGGUUACAGUCUGGCUUGGCGCGCCUUAGGAGCUCUAAACGGACCAAUGUCUGAUACCAAGCCGGUUACUUUUUGCCUUUCUGCUGGUUGCCGUGCUUUGGUCUGUAGAAUUCACUGAGCUGUGUCUCUAAGUCUCUACUUUCUGUGAGCUCUCUUGGGAUUGUGAAUGGUGUUUGGAAAAGAUGUUAUAGCAAAAGAGGCAUUUAUUUGAACCAGUUAUAAAAAACAAUUGGUGAUGGACAACUAUGUGUUUUAUGUGUUUAGUGCAUAGUAUGUCUCAAAUAGAGGAGUACCAAGUAUAGGAUCAAAAGUGCAAGUAAUGAAACAUAUAUCUUGAAGCCUGUGCUGCAAGUGCAAUUCCCUUACCUUUAGAAAACAGUAUACGAUUCAUUAUUAAUAAUACCAAAUAAACAGUAUUUGCCAUGUGA